AUGAUGCACUCGACCGACAACAGCAAGACCCGCGUUGCCCUUGUAGGAGGGGGGACUAUUGCCCCCCUGCAUGCGGAGUAUCUACUAUCCUCGUCCAGCUGCCUGCUAACAGCUCUCAUUGACCCCUUUCCCCCGGGCCAAAAGCUGGCAGCGCAGCUAUCAGUUCCCUACUUUGAUUCCCUGCAAUCCCUUCUCUCGUCAGAGACCCAAAACCCUGAAGCAUACAUCAUCUGCGUGCCCUCCAGCCUACACAUACAAGUGGCCACAGACGUGAUUACGAACGGAAACCCCAAGGCCGUACUGAUCGAAAAGCCCUUCUGCACAGACUCAAGAACAGGCUGUCAUCUCCUCGAGCUAGCAAGAGCAAAGGCCUGCCAGGUUCUGGUUGGCCACCACCGCCGCUUCCACCCUUCCCUGGAAGCAGCGCGCGACGCCAUCGACGACGGCAAACUCGGUCAAAUCACCGCAAUCACAGGAACGUGGACGGCAAGGAAACCAGACGGGUACUAUUCCUUUGCCGACUGGCGGUCCUCACGCUCCGCCGGUGGAGGCCCGGUAUGGACGAACUUCGUGCAUGAUAUCGAUGUUCUUCACUAUAUAACGGGCUCGAGGGUCAACCGAGUGUGGGCCACUUCAACAGUCCAACGUCGAGAGAAUCGGAAUGUGCCGCCGGAAGACCUUGUCGAGGAGGGCGCAGCGAUAAUGGUCCAGUUCGCGAAUGGAGUGGUUGGGACAUUCGUCGUCAGCGAUAAUGUGGCCAGUCCGUUUGGGUGGGAGGCUGCCACAGGCGAUAACCCGUUGUAUCCCCCGGCUCCUGUGGCUGUUGAUUCCUAUCGCAUCUUCGGAACGCGAGGGACACUGACCCAGCCAGACGGCGUCCUUUGGACUUAUGACCCUGCGGACGCCAGGAGGUUGGGACUAGAGGUGGGAUGGAAUGUGCCAAUCCGACGAGAGGUAUUGAAGGCCGGGAAUGGAAUCCCAUUCCAGCUACAGGCGGAACAUCUAGCGAGAGUGGUCAAGAAUGGCGAACGGCCGAGGUGUGCUGGGGAGGAUGGUCUGGCAGCUGUGAGGGUGUGUGAGGCUGUGGUUGCUGCCCUAGUUGCAGGCGAUGGCCUUCCUGUUGAUAUUCAAGGUUGA